AUGGCCAGAUAUCCUUCCUUCGAAGUCCCGCCAUCGCCGCCAAAGACGUAUCCAGACCCUGAUCACUUUAAGAACCAUCAAGUCUCAGCGGCUUACCCUGCCCGUCAGCUACUAAAACUCACAGAAACGGUCGUUCCUGUUUUGCACAACUAUCUAAGCCCAGAUGCAGCUAUAGAUCCAAGCAUCUUUCAGGACUACAUAAAGCUUCUAUCAUCUUCGUUGCCGAACAAAUACUUUAUCGAAGUUCCUCGAGGCCUUUCGUCCAGACCAAACGUGGCAGAAUCCAUUACACAACAGCGUGUCGAUGAUACCAUAUUGUGGCCUGUGUACAUGAAUGGCGAGCACAGUCUUGCUUUAAUAUAUCCAGAUGCCAUUCACUGGCUCUCGUGGAGUGACCAUGCAGUUCCCGACGAAGUCAUAGGCUCUGCGAAGACGCUUCGAAGGCGAUCACUUCCCCUCAUAAAGCUGCAGUCUCAGGCGGUCGAGCAAAAUAGCUCUGGUUGGUUGGUUUUACAUGCAAUGCAACGAAUCCUGGCUGGUCGUCCCGUCGUGGACUUUUCAGACCUCACAGCACCACUGCGGGAAGCAGCGCUAACCCAUUUUAAGUGUGAGGUUCUGGCAGCGACCAGAGCUAAGACACUAAAACCAAACGAGGAAUAUUACGCGAACUUGGUAUCUGACGCUGAUCAAACACAGUUUUUUGAAGAUGCCAUCUGCGCCAUGGAUGACAUGUUCGUGACUGAUCAUAACAUCAUCGAGCCAGCCAGCGGCCACAUGGAAAAUCCCCUUGUAGUCGCACAAGAUGCCUCGGGAAACCGCCAUGGCGCUCCUUUAGUUGUACAGGAAGACUCUUCUCCCGGCUCGAGCAAAGGCGCCCCGGAAAGCCAAUCUCGCCGCCGCAGAUCACGCCCAGCGGCUGUAACAUUGGACUACAGAAGGAUUAUUUUAAGCAACAUUAGCAAAGCGGUGCGGUGCUACCGAUCCACACAUCUCGACCCUGAAAUGAGCGUUCCAGUUCUGUGGUCUAUAUUGGAAAGAGGUCCGCUUGAUUCUGCAUUUCUCCGCCGCUAUACCCUGAUAUUGUUCUACAUGAAAAUAAAAACACUUGACGAUGUCGGUAUCAAGGAGGAGCUGGCCACGGCUGGGACUCGGAGAUUUUCCAUCAAAGAGAACAGCUUUUUGCACAAGAUGAGAAGGAAACAAGAAGAAGGAAAAGCAUGGUCUGAUCUGUGCGACCUGAAGAGGGAGUGGGGCCAAGACAAGUACACACUUCUGUCUGCGGUACCCGAAGACACUCGUGAAGCGCCGAUACAGGAGAUGGACAAGGAGCUUCAAUCGGAAAACUCAGUAUUGCUGCGAAGCCUAAACGAUGCCCGAAGUCUCUGUGCGGCAUUGCUUGGUAAAUGCCUACCCAACCGUCUUUUGAUCGACAACUACAUCUAUAAAGACAGUCGGCUUAGCGAUGAUGAGAUUAGGGUAUCUUUCGGGGCGUUUUUAAGUCUCAACCCAAGGCAGCCGGUGCAAAUUCCCAGGUGCUAA